CUCGUCAAAGUCUGGGCUGCGCCUCUGUACGUGCACAGUGAUGUGCGUGGAAAUCACACACACUGCACUCUCCUAAUGUUUAGUACAACACAUACUUUUACUUCUUAUUAGUGGCUUGUCUUUUUGUGCGCACAAAGACCACUCUCCCUUUACGCACACCCAAUGCUGAAUGGAAGAAGAUAAUAUAGGAGAAAGAGCAAUAAAAUACAACAUACGAAGAACAACUUUGAUCGGUUAAGUCUCAGAUGAUUGAACGCAGACACACAUUUAUGGUUUUUAUAGCACAUCGUAGAGAAACGCCGCUCACAGCUGAGCGCUAAACUCCAGCUGGCUGACAACUGUUACAUCGCAUUGUUCCAACAGAAGCCGACGCAAUAAAUAUGAUGGUCUUCUAGUCAGAAGGCGCGUCUCAACCCCAUUCACUUUUAAACCGGUCGCUGCCAGGAAAUGUGCGCGCUAUUCGUCUACUUUCAUUCAUGUCUUCAUUGUAUCCAACGCUGUUGCUUGGCAACAUCUCCGAAAUUGCUAUGGAAACAUGCCCGGUGAUUUAAAAAUAGACGACUCUGAGUCCACGUCAUGUCCAAGCAAGUUAGAAAAAUAUAAUUUCCUCAUCCACGUCCCUUAUUGCAACUUUUGAUCGGCGUGGAGCGUAUUUUGGACAGAUUUACGCAAUAAUGUUUGCCGAGGAGGCGCGCUGGCGGUGACGUCUCACUUGAGGGGCAGAAAGACGCUUGUUCAUUGACCAACCCUCCUUCCGGCGGCCCCUUUGACUUCUCGCCUCAGCAUCAGCGAGCGCCUGGGUGUCGCUGGUUGGAUUUGUUCAUGGCACGUCUGUCAUGACGCACAGAUGAGUGAACACAGAGCUUCAUAAAACCUGAUGGUCCCACCUGCUGCGUGCCACGGGGCGCCCUCCCCUCGUCGGCGGCCACACUUUCCGCUGCACAUCAGAAAGCGGAGCCAGCCGCCGUAUUUCCUACACUACACCAGCGCCCGAAAGCCACCGAGCUCUGGUGAAAAGCAGCAUUAAAGUCACCUUUGAGGGGUUCACUCAUCAAUCUGUUCGCAGGGCGCUGGCGUCAAAGCAGAGCCGGCACACGGAGCUUAUUGUCAUGACGCGCCCUGGAAACACCUGCACGAGCAGCGUCGGCCCCCGAGGCGGCCUCCUGAUUGGCUGAGCCGAGUUCAUUCAAAACAAUGCAGAUGUGCGUCCCAGCUGUGGCAGACAGCUGCAGUGUGUUCACAUGGGCAGACUCGUAAACGGUUAAGCGGCGGCGGAGCGGUGGGAAGGGGCCGCAUCUCAUUUAGUUUACAGUGAAGAUGUCAAAAGCAUCUUGGGAGAUUGUUUAUGGAAAUGAGCUUAUUAAAGACUAACAGGGGUUGCCAUGGAGAAGAGGAGGGGAAGCUCAGCAUGUGGCUUUCCACCACAUUCAGGAUAAGGAGACCCAUUAUUUUCCAUGCAACGUGUUGACAAGUACAAAUUUAAUUACAAAUGUGUCAAAACACAGUCAUUAUGUAGCUUGUUUAUUUAUUAUGUCUUAGAAACAUGUGUAAUACGACCAGUCUCUGUCUCUGUCUCUGCUCCUUCUCCUUAAUCCCCUGCUUUUAAUGUUGCCUCUUCUUCGAUACCUUGUUGUUUCAUUUCCUUGGACCUGAUUCUCUUGUUUAAUAUCCACCUCCUCCACCUCAGUACACAGACUUUACAAUAUUACACGAUGUGCCCUGUCAGACAGUCUGCACACACACACACACACACACACACACACACACACACACACACACACACACACACACACACACACACACACACACACACACACACGCAGCCAAACAUAGACGCCGAGCUGAUAACUGUCACUCACAAAUCACAAGUCGUGAGGCUCCAGCUGAUUAUCAGAUUUUCAAUCAGCUGCGUUAUUGUCUUUCUACACAGACACACACACAAACACAGAGGGGAGAAGGUGGAAUAGAUGCAGCGUUGUGAGUGCACUGUAAAUGAUGUGUUGUGUACAGGACAGUAAAAUGCAAUGUAUCACCGGCCUUAUAGUUUAAAGCACCCCCACCCCACACACACACACACACGCACGCUCGCACACACACACACACACACACACACACACACACACACACACACACACACACACACACACACACAGUACCAACAUGAAGCUAAUCAGCCACAAGCCCUGAAGCAGGAGCUGGUGUUCAAGCAGCAAUUAACAGGGCAGCAAAGGUGUCUGUGUUUGUAUUAUCUUCACUUGUCUUGAUCUAACAGGCACAUGUGCUUUUUCACAAGGCACAAGGUCUCACAUCGCUGCUUAAAAUACAGUAGCUCAAAGCCCCGUUUCUCCAUCAGUGACUAGACACAGAAGCUGCUCCAUUUCCUUCCACUGAUUUGACACUAAUUAAUUUGGUGUCCCUUAUUAGGCAGCAGACCUAGUUAAUGGAGGCGCGCGUGCCCUUAAAAGACGCCGCCGCCGCCACCGCCGCUGAUGAUGGCGAUGUGUGGCUCACCCUGGGGCACCUGGGAAAUGGAGUGUCAGGCGUCCAGGCAGGAGACAUGACAUUUACACAGUGGGAGGUCAGCGGUGCAGCCGGGUGACGGUUUAUUAACGUACUGCACAAACAGUCCAGUAGCAGCUCAGCCGUCAGAUCGAGGCCAACUGCAGUUUGAAAGACUCUGAUUCAAAGCGUGUGAUAGAUGAGAGUAACUUUCAGACUCACGCAGUGACACAUAAUGCAUAAAAACAUUGACGUGUUUAUGGAAAAUAUGCAAAAGAAGCCACAGACCAGCCCACUUUCGAUACUGUGGGUGUUUUUAAGGGGAUUCACAGCGCAAAUGGUGAAUUAUUAUCCGAAGAGCUCCCCGCAUCACUACUACGGCGCCGAGCACAUCCAUUAAACCCACUCCCGGCCCGUUUCUCUCCAGACAAGGUGUUGUUUAUGCUCCUGUUCAAAUACAGCCAGGCUGCUCUCAGCUUUAAUCACUCUCUCUCUCCCUCUCUCUCUCCCCGUCUCGCUCCAUUCUUCCAUUCUCACCUCUGCGCUAAAAUCUUCCGACGCCGCUUUUUGUUUAGCCGAGCACUCAAGCUUUCACCUGAGCGGGAUUUAAACGGUCCGUUCUGAGCUCCCCUGUGCAGAACCAGGACAGAGAACCAGAAGUCUCUGGAAGAGAGAACACAGAACACAGAAUAAUCCGGGAAUCAGACAGUGGCAGCGUUUGCCCUCAGAGCACGUGGCCACAUGAGAAGCCACUUCACUCCUUCUUUUAUUAUUAUAUCUCAUCCUGUCGUUGUUCUCCAGUGGACACAGUCCAACAGAAAGGUCAAAGCAGCGUCCUGGACCCGCUCCCUCCAGAAUGGUCACGCUGGGUAAAUUCAAAUACUACAAUGCUGCAUGCGUGGAGUAAAUCCACUUAGAGUCCCCCAAUGCUGAAAGGCUGAUUGUGUUUUAGUGGUCGAACACGGCGAGCAGCGUGCCAGACUUGUAAGUGGGCCUCCAAGUGUAUAGUGCACUAUAAUUCAGUCCAUCCCUCAUGAAUUCCAAUGCACCGGCGGAGACUCCGUCUUUUUGUCUUCUGUCCUGCAGGCAUCAAUCAGGGCAGCUGUUAUAGAAUCAACCAUUUCCCUGAUGACAACGACUACGACACAGACAGCUCUGAAUACCUGCUGCGCAUCGUCCGGGCCUCCAGCGUGUUCCCCAUCCUCAGCACCGUGCUGCUGAUGCUGGGCGGGCUCUGCGUCGGGCUGGGCCGGGUCUACAGCAAGACCAACAACGUGCUGCUCAGCGCCGGCAUCCUCUUCGUGGCUGCAGGCCUGAGCAACAUAAUCGGCAUCAUCGUCUACAUCUCCAGCAACGCCGGGGACCCCAACGACAAGCGCGACGACGACAAGAAGUACACGUACUCGUACGGCUGGUCCUUCUACUUCGGCGCCCUCUCCUUCAUCGUGGCCGAGACCGUGGCCGUGCUCGCCAUCAACAUCUACAUAGAGAAGAACAAGGAGGUGCGCUGGCGCGCGCGGCGCGACUUCGUCCGCUCGCUCUCCUCCUCCUCGCCCUACUCCCGCAUCCCCAGCUUCCGCUACCGCCGGCGGACGUCGCGCGCCAGCUCCCACUCCACGGAGGCGUCGCGGGAGAACUCGCCCGGGGGCGGCGUGAAGCGGGCGCCGUCCUCCGGCGGGCCGCUGGACGAGCUGUCCAUGUACGCGCUGGCCCGCGACAGCGCGGCGGAGGACGCGUACAGCCCCGAGCACGAGUCGGCCGCCGACUUCCUCCAGGUCCACAACUGUUUCCCCAACGAUUUAAAGGACGGCGUGAACCGCAGGACCACACCGGUGUGAGCGCUGGGGGAGCGGCCGCCAUGUUGGAGGCAGACUGUCCCUUUAUAAGGAACCAGAGGGAGACGGGAGCGCGAGCAGCUGGAUGGACCCCGACUUAUUAACCUGCCCAUCGGCGCAGAGUUGAGACACUGUAGCCCAAAACGAGCCAUGCGUGGCUCACUGCCUUUGUUCAUGUGUGGAUGAGGCGCUGAGCUGCAGUGAUCAGCAGCGGCCUACCUGUAGAUUAACGAGGUGCUAAAUGAAUGUUCUCGUCACCUUGAGCGUUUUUCCCCAUUCGCCUGUGAAGUAAGAGUGAACGUCUCUCUGAACCGGCCGGGUCGGCCUCGUGCUCUGCUCAUGGAGGAAAAGCCCGGUUUAUAAAUAACGCACACAGUGACUGACUUGCGGACUUGUGGUGCGUUGAAUGUUUAGUAUUUCAGCAGGUUGUACAUGUGGACCGUUCCUCGCUGCCUCCGCCUUCAUCUCAUUCUCUCACAUUCCUCCGUGGAAUCAAACCUGCGUUUUUCUCUUUUCUUCCUCGUCCUGAUGGAUGUGACGGCCUCUGUGCUCCUGUCACCAGAGAGGAGCAGCAGACAGAAAGGAGGGGCCCUAAACGCGGCGCGGGUCGGGACUUCCUCCUGCUCUGAGCGGACGCGUGUUUAGCGGAUCG